AUGGCACAGGCCGCAAGCAGCGCCCUGCGCGAUGUGCUCCUCACCUCGGGCUACUGGCGCCGGCACCUGGCGCCGGGGCUGGCGGCUGAGGUGUCAGGCCACCGGGGCGGCCUGUCGCUGUUGCCGAGCCCCACCCGGCUGGACAUCAGUCCGGAUGACGAGCUGGCCCUGGCAUGCUUUGACCUCCGGGCGCCGGCGGCUGGCGGCGGGCACGGGCCGCUGUUUCUGCGCCCUGGCAGCGGUGACAGCCGCAGCAGCAGCAGCAGCAGCAGCCCCAAGUCCAGCGCCGGGCUCCGUCUGGUGGUCCUGUUUUCCGUGCACUCCGGGGACCUGGUGUGGGCCCUCCGGCCGGAGGACCUGCUGGCGAUGGUGGGGUCUUUGUCGGAGGGCCCGGCAUCUCCGGCGGUGGAUGUCACGCAGCCUGGCGAUGGCGCAUGCCUCCCCUGCUCGGUUGCCUGGCUGACGGCCCCGCGCGCCUGCCUCCUGUCGUUCGCCUGUGGGGCGCGCUUCGCCGUGUCCCUCAGCGCGGACGCGGCCAUUCUCCUGGCGUCGCGGCAUCCUGCGGAGCGCUGCAUGCCGGGGGGGCGCCGUCACGACUCGCUGGCCAAGAUCCCGCCGCCUGACAUGGGUAGCGGCCGCAUGACGUCGCUCAAGGAGGAAUUUGCGCGCAGCCUGUGCCCGCCCCCGCGGCCGGCGCCGCUCGACGCGUUGGAGCUCCAGUCGUCGGACCUGCCGGCCGGGUUUUUGGCGGUGUCGCCGCCGGAGCUGCCCAGGCUGGUGGGCCGGGCGGCCGCCGAGCCGGCCACCUCGCCGGAUGUGGUGCUGGCAUGUUUGGAUGGGCCGGCUGACCGGGCCGCUGGCCGGACUCCGGCCUUCUCGGUGUUCUGGCCCAAUGCCCUGAGCCUGGGGAUGUUCUUCGGGGCGGCGGCCGGGCCGGCCCGGUUGACCGGCGUGCCGGCCACCGGGCCCGACAUCCCUCCCCCGGGCGCGGCGGCGCCGGGCACCGAUGCCAUGGCGGCCGGCACGUCGGCCUGCCUGUCCUGGUCGGCCACGGGCGGGCCGCUGGCCAGCGUGCUGUGCCUGCGGCCGGGGCCCCAGCCGGCCGAGGCCUUCGCCUUCCUCUCGGGGGACUUGCAUCAUGCGCGACCGCUGCUGAAGGAGCUCAGCGUGUACACCCGCCGGGCGGAGGUCCUGCUCAAUUGGGCGGCCACCACCUAUGCCCGGAGCCGGCAUGCCUGGUCCUGCGUGCAGGCCGAGCUGCUGGGCUUCUCGCGGGCCGCCACCGCCGCCAUGCCGGCGGAUGAGGACGCCGAGGACCCGGCCGGGGAGGCUGCCGGCGACCCGGAGCAGCGCCUGCUGAGCCGCAUCCGGCUGUCCCUGCUGAGUGCCCUGUCCACCGGCCUGACGCCGGGCUAUGUGGCGGACCUCCUGUCCUCGUCGUACCAUGCGGAGCGCCGGCGGAAGCUCGUGCGCCUGCUGCGCUUCGCCAGCCAGAGCAUCUUGAACAUCAUCUCGGACUUCACGCUCCCCUCGCUGCGCGCGCUGCUCAUCGAGCUGGAGCUGCUGCUGCCGCUGUCGGCCCCGGGGCCCGGCUCGGCGGCCGGCCCGGGGCUCGCCCUUUCGGAGCCCACCCUGCGCCGGAUGAUCAGCACCACGGCGGAGCUGAUGUCGCAGUUCGAGCACUGCCGGGUGGCCGUCGAGUCGCACACCGAGCAGCUGGUGCACUUCUUCGCCUGGCUGCAGGGCAUCGACGCGGCCCUGCAUGAGGCGGCCACCGAUGGCGCCAGCGACGACGAGGAUGCCGACGCCGGGCCGGCCCGGGAGAAGGGUGCGCGGGCGGCGGCGGCGGCGGCGGCAGCCGCGGCGGCCGCCCGCUCGGCCGACCCCUCGGCCUCCUCGGGCGAGGCCUUCUCCCAGGCCCAGCUGACGGCCACCAUCGAGCGGCUGUUUGUCGGCCGGCCGGCCCAGGGGCCGGUCCACCCCGGCGGCAUGGCCGUGCGCGGGGCCGACUGCCGCUUCGACGAGUACUUCGGGUUCUUCAUCGCCGGGCCGGGGCCGGUUGCCGGGCGCCCGGUCCCGGGCCUGGCCGGCAUCCUCGCCGCAUCUGCCCGAGGCAGCCUGGCAUCGGGGUUGCUGGCCCUGCGCGAGCAGCUGUCCCACUUGCAGGCGGACUUCCACCUCCGGGCCAGUGGGGCCUGGCGGCAGGCGCCCCGCGGCCCUGACCCCGGCCUGGGGGCCAGCCUCCUGCCAUCCAGUCCGGCCGAGGGGCUGGUCCUGGGCCCCGGGGCGGGGGUCCGCCCGGGAGCGGGCUUCCUGCUGGAGGGGGCCCUGCCGCCGGUGUUCGAGCCCCGGCUCCGGUGUCGGGCGCCAGGCGAUCCGCCCGAGGCCGGCACCCCGGCCGAGCACCACCUGCACCUGCACCCGGCCAUUGAGCAGCCCCAGCCGGCGAGCAAUGGCGGGGCCUUUGCCCAGCCCGGUCGGGUGCACUUGGUUUGCGUGGCCACCUGUGGCCGGGUCCACCGGGGCCCGGGGCCCGGGCCGGAUGCCAGCCGCGGGCCCAUCCCCUGUGUGGCCGGUCUGCACUUGGUGCUGGAUAUGCCGCGGCGUUGGGCCGCCAUCCUGGACCUGACGCUGGUCGAUCCGACCAUGUGCCUGGUGCUGGUGGCCGAUGGGCCGCCCGGGCCCGGGCGCCAUUUUGCGCUGCUGGACCUGCACCUGCUGGACCACCCGCAACUGGAGCCCUCUCCCCUGGCCGGGGUUGCUCGCCUGCCGGCGGCCAUCCGCCAUGAGUGGCCUCUCGGCACGGGGGGGGCUCUGUUCGGUCCCGGCCUCGAGGACCAGGCCCCGGCGCAUGUGGCGCUGGUCCCGGCUCGCGGGGCGGUGCUGCUAACGUCGACCGACCGCCGGCGGGUGGUCUGCGUGGCGGACCGCCUGCCAGGGCUGGCCCUCCGGCCGGAUGACCUGUAGCCGGGGCGGAGGUGCCGGGGGGCAGGGGGGGGGGGGGGGGGGUCCCGCUGUGUAGGCAUCCGUCUGACGGCCGGCGAUCGGCGAUCGGCAAUCGGCGCACAAGACCCCCCGGCUCGCUUUCCCCCCUGUGUCCGAAAAAAAAAAAAGUGCACCGAAAACCGCGUGCAGCCUGACACGAAGUGCCCUCUUGGCCUAUUUUUAUACAUAUACGGGGCUUCUCCUCCUUGCACGUGGGUGUAUGUGUGUCUUUUGUGGUGUAUUCAAU